AUAGUGCUGUCACCUAUUGAAUCUGUGAGAAUUUAAAAAUGGCUACUGACAAAUAUUUUGCAGAAAUUGCCGAUAAAAUGAAGGAAGCUAUGAGAUUAGCUGACACAGAAUAUAAAUUUGAUCCUGAAGAUUUCCCGUACAGAUCUAAAUACAAAUCUAGAGAAAUUUUAAAUGAAAUUAAAACAAUUUUAGAUAAUCGUGAAUCCGAUUCUGAAGAAUCUAAUGACAGAAUAACUUGUCUUCUAGCGGCCGUUCAUAUGUACUUAGGUAUAAAUUACGUAGAUUGCGAAGAAAUAUCCAGCGGGCAAGAACACUUUGAGAAAGCUCUGGCAGUACUUGAGCCAUGGAAAUAUAACGAGAAAGCUUUUUCCGUUUAUUUAAAAACUGCUAAUCAAUUGGGAAUCUUAUGGGCUAAUCGACAACAAGUUUCCUCAGCAUUAAAGUACUUUGAGAUCGUUGAGGAAAUGUAUAACACUUUCGAUAGAUUAGAGAACGUUCCCCUGACCGUUGACGAGAUCACGCUUAUCAAAGAGGAAGAAACCAAAGAAAACCGCAUUUUGGAGAUAGAAGACACUUUCACCCAUACACUGUAUUAUUACGCUCAGUUAUAUUGUAGAGAUGAUACAGAUAAGGCUGCUAAUUAUUGUAAAUUAACCUUACAACGGCAAUUAAAAUAUAGCAACAAUUUUGAUCAUAUUGAUUGGGCGGUAAAUGCUGCAACAUUAAGUCAGUAUUAUUUACCAAACAACAAUUACAAGAUUGCUAGAAACUGUUUAGCUGCUGCUUCUUAUAUAUUAUCACAAGCUCCGUCCCCUGAAAUUCCAUUAGAUGUUGACCCCAAUUCUCAAGUUGCAUUGGAUGCAAAAGAAAAAAUUCAAAAAUGCUCCGCAGAUAUUAGACGAUGCGGAGUCAAAUACGGUUUGCUACUACUAGAAAAUUCUUGGAAAAUAGUUAUGAACCAAAUGGAAGAAACUGCUGAAACUGACGAAGAAGAUAUAUUUAAGUUUGAUCUAGAGCUCGAUGAACAAAUAGCUUGCCGUCAUGCGAAAUCGUUCGAUGAAGCGAAAAAACUAUUUUUACAAGUUCAAAAUUAUUUGAAUGAAGCUAAAGAUUUUUAUAAAUUGGAUUCUCAUUGCUCAGAUCAUAUUGAAAUUAUACAGGAUUAUAGUAAACUAUUUAAAUUUUUAUCUUAUUUCGAACCAGACUUGGAGAGGCAAUGCAAAAUGCAUAAGAGACGAAUUGAUAUGUUGACAGGCGUCUUAAACGAGUUGAAUCCUCAACACUAUCUACUUGUAUGCCGACAAUUACAAUAUGAAAUAGCCGAAAUUUACAGUGCCAUGUUAGAUUUGAAACUAGCUCUCAUAGAAUCAGGUCAAAAGACACCCGACCCAAAAUCUGUUAAUAAAGUAAACCAAUUAUCAAACCAGGGUAUAAUCUAUUAUGACAAAUUUAUACAAUCGUUUAAUAAUCCUGAGGGUAAAACACCGGAUAAAAUCCCUACAGAAGACGAAAGACCAUUUUUGAUUGCCUGGUUUUGUAAAGGUAGAUUAUUUUCGAAAAUUAUAGAAAGUAAUCCUAACAUACGAGCAAAAAAUGUUCAAAAAACUAUUGAUUGUUAUAAAGUUCUUGUUGAUUAUUGCUAUAAUCAUAAGGAGACUGAAGAUAAGGUGAAAGACGAAUUAGGCAUUUGCAUAGAAAUGAUAAACAUUUUACCUGCAAAAAUUCAAAACAUAUUGGCUGCACAUCACAGCUGGUGA